AUGUCGCUGAACUCGUUGAACUUGGACACGGCGUGCUACAUCGUUCAUGGCACCAAUUUCCAGGUCUCGAAGAGGUACACUGUCCUGGAACAAGUGGGCCAGGGUGCUUAUGGCAUCGUUUGUGCCGCGCAGGAUGAGGAGACACAAGAGUCAGUUGCAGUGAAGAAGAUUGAGAACGCGUUUGAGCAUAUCACCUUCACGAAGCGGACUCUCCGUGAACUACGCAUUCUCCGGCACCUGCAGCACGAGAACUUGAUCGAUGUGAGGAAUAUUUUCCUGGCUGGGUCAAAGGAUGACUUCGAGGACAUCUACGUGAUCUCUGAGCUGAUGGAAACGGAUUUGGCAUCGAUUCUGAAAUCGACGCAGCCUCUUACUGAUGAUCAUUGCCAGUUCUUUCUCUACCAAAUCCUGCGCGGGAUGAAGUAUGUUCACUCAGCACAGGUGAUUCACAGAGAUCUCAAGCCACGAAACCUGUUGGUCAACGGCAACUGUGACUUGAAGAUCUGUGACUUUGGCCUAGCGAGGGUGAGCUUCUCGAAGGAGUUUCAGACCUGUCCGAUGACAGAAUACGUUUGCACGCGUUGGUAUCGGGCUCCAGAGGUCUUGUGUUCCUGGGUGGACUAUACGACGGCCAUCGACAUCUGGUCAAUUGGCUGCAUCUUUGCAGAGAUGCUGGAGCGGAAGCCGCUGUUCCCGGGGCACAACACGCAGCACCAGUUGCAGUCCAUCAUCUCCUUCCUCGGGAAGCCCAGUGCCGAGGAGCUGAAUAAGAUCAAGAACGAGAAGUGCAGGCGCUUUAUUGAAUCUCUGCCGGCGACAACAGCCCAGAGCUUGCAGGAGGUGUUCCCGAAUGCCAACCCCAGUGCCAUGGAGUUUCUGAGCGCGACUCUCCGGUUCGACCCAGAGCAGCGGGUUGCAGUCACGGAGGCCCUGACUCUGUCUUACGUCUCGCAGCUGUACUGUCCUGAGGACGAGCCAGUCCGCGGACCACUCGACACUUCGGAUUUCGAGUUCGAGAGGAGAAAAAUCAAUAUCAAGGCACUCCGGGAGGAGCUGUGGCUCGAAGUUCUGCAUUAUUACCCCGAACAGCCAGUGGCCUAG